CAAAAGAAACCCGGAAGCAAAGUACAUUGUUUUCAAAGCCAGUUAUGCACGUGUUGGAAAUAUGGUCAGAUUUAAGUCGAGGUAUUUGCUAUGCGAGAUUUGCUUCUCUGAACGGAGCAGUCUGCCACUGUUGGAGGAUAAAGCCCUUUACCACACAGUCCGGGCAGCCGUGAACCGAGCACACGGGGACUACGGAUCAGCGCACUUUAACAUAGGGGUGACGGUGAAAUACCUGAAUGCCCACACCGGAGUGGUUCUCAUACGCUGCAGGAAAGGGCAAUAUCGACUCAUCUGGUCUGCCCUUACUUUCAUCACCUGCCUUGAGAACAGAGGACAGAGGGUGCCGUGCUUCUUCAACUGUUUACAUGUUGGAGGAACGAUUAGAACAUGUCAGAAGUUUCUUGUUAAGUACAAUAGACAACAGCUCGACAGAAUGCUGCUGGACUGCAAAACAGAUGCAGAAAAACAAGAGGUUAGGAGAGCAAUCCUGAGCUGUUCCCUGAGUGCCGUCAGAGAGGAGGAAGCUUACGAAGAUUGGAGUGAUGAUAAUGAAGAGAUCUAAAACCCCUCAUAUACAACUUUGUGUUAGUUUGUAGGUCUGAAAUGCAUCUCGUAACCAUGCAGUGAUUUGAUGUUUUAUUUUAUACAACUGAUAGGACAUGGUUCAUGUGGAGCCCUAACAUUUCUAAUAAUAUACGAAACAGUUUUCAUUUUAUUCUGUAAGUGAUUUGUAAAUUGAGUAGCCUAUAUCUUUACGUUACUUAUAUUAUUGUGUGAAGACUAUGAACUCUGGCCAUGUGUUGUGUAGGUCACGUGUACUUUUUCUUCUGUACUAACUAAAACAACUGCUGGUUUUUUGUUAUUAACUCAAAAAUUUUUUUCAAAUAAACCAAAUAUUAAUAACAACAAA